UUUUUCAUGUUUUCAUUCAUAUUUGUUGCCUUGAUUUAUUUAUCAUUACUCGCGGAUUCCGUAGCAAAGAAAUCAAUUUGUUAUACUACGUGAAAAGUCGUACCACGUCAUUACCAUAGAAAAAGACAAUUGAUUUAAAUCGAUCCAAACCGCGUCCACAUUAAAACGCAAACACCACCAUACAGGGUCGAUAUAUCCAUGGGCAACCACAUUUGAUUGGCGAUCAACAACAAGAUCAGUUUUUCUUUUGCUUAAUAGAGUCAUAUGUCAGUCAGAAAGAAGAAAACAAUGGCCACUAUAACAACUAUUCAGCGUGAUAAUGAUCAGCAAAUUUUUGCACGUAUGUCCACUCAAGUGACCGAUAGUUAUAGCGAUCAUAAUAAUCGUGUCCAACAACCGGAAUCAAGUUUAUUUGAGAAUUUAUUAAUAUUAGGCUCAUAUUUGUUAUUGGUUUCCACCUUUCCUAUAAGUUUGUUCAUGUGUUUCAAGAUUGUCCAAGAAUAUGAAAGGGCCGUCAUAUUUCGACUGGGAAAAUUGGUUGGAUGCGGAACCAGAGGUCCAGGAUUGUUUUUCGUAUUGCCAUGCAUCGAUGAUUAUUCAGUUGUUGAUUUACGGACAAUCACCUACGAUAUACCCCCACAAGAAGUUUUGACCAAAGAUUCGGUCACUAUAUCGGUUGAUGCUGUACUUUUCUAUCGAAUAUGGCUGCCCACUAUAGCCGUAUCGAAUGUUUUCGAUUAUGGCCAAGCAACACAGCUUCUUACUUCAGUUACUUUAAGAAACGUUUUAGGUACAAAAACAUUGUCGGAAAUUCUUUAUGAUCGAAAUAAGAUUGGAAUCGAUAUCAACGAGAUGGUCGACACGGUAACCAAAUCAUGGGGAGUUAAAAUCGAAAGAGUUGAAGUUAAAGAUGUUCGACUUCCUUCAUCAAUGCAAAGGUCAAUGGCUGUGGAAGCUGAAACAACACGAGAUGCAAGAGCUAAGAUUAUUGCUGCCAAAGGAGAUCUUAAAGCAUCGUAUGGAUUAAAAGAAGCUUCGGAAAUCAUGUCCGUGGAACCAAUGUCUUUUCAGCUUCGUUUCCUUCAGAAUCUGAGCUCCAAUUCAUUCGAUAAGGAAACAACAAUAUUUUAUCCGGUACCGAUGCCAAUGUUGACUGUGUCAUUGUCAUCGAUAUCGAGAUCAUAGUCAGAUAACAUAAACAUAUGCAUAUGUAUACACCAUAUUGAUCACAUUCAAAUUGAUAGAAUCAAUACUUUCAGCACUUCAUUCAACAUAAAUAGGUUUCCUGUUUUUGUAAAAAAGACUUGCAAUCGUUUUGUUGGCCGUUCAUCGUUAUUUUUCGUCGUUAUAAACAAUGAGAUCAUGAAAUUAAUGUGAAAAAACGGAUGAUAACAAAUAUAAAUAAACCAACGGAUAUUUGUAAUAAUGAAAAAAAACCAAACAAAUUGUAAUUUUUAUUCAACCAAACUCACGUACCCAUAAAUAUAUGCUGAAAUCUGUUAUCGAGUUCCGAUCUUGCAAA